CAACUUCGACCAACGCCAGCACUUCUCGUAUGGUGGUUUUCCACGAAACAAAAUUAUCCUUGAGGAAAAAAAAGAAAAACCAAACCUUACAGAACGGCGUUCUACAGAAUAACUUGACUGCUGCUAUCUUUUAAGUAACUAAUAUUUGUGUGGUUGGCCUCACGGAAGUUAAAGUAACAUGUUCUACAAUUCGUGGGAGUGAACUUGUGACAGGUGAGAGGAAGUAUGUUCCCGCUUCUCCUGGAGUGGAUGUAUAAGAUGAGCUUAUUUCACGAUAUCAAACUGAAGCGUCGAAAAGUAGACUCAAGAUGCAGCAGUGACGGUGAGACUAACCUUGAUCCCAACAACUCUUCGCCUGAUAGUGUAACCACUCUAGACUCUAUCUUGAGGAAAGAAGGGCUGGGACACCUAGCCAGCAGUUUCUCCUUAGGAUCAAACGAAAUAGGGAAAGUAUCUCCGAUGGGACACUCCAGCAGGUCCCCUGUUGAACAGCCCGAUACAAAUAUGCUGGAAGAACUCGAGUCCGUCGAAGAGUCACCGACGCAAAGUUCACAGUCACCCGUUCCGAAAAUGACCCUGAGCAUCGAUUCUCAGCAAACACAAGGUAACAGUGUUUUUGAUGGAGGAGGAGGAAGAGAUGAUGAUCGAGAUAGAAUUAUAAAAAAUAUUGAAUUUCGACUUGAUGGACCUAUAGAUUCUAUUGAGGAGCAGGGCUUGGACUUAAGCACGCCCACCAGACUUAGAGGCUGCAUAGAAGAGCUUCCUCAUCUAAAUCCUUACCUAUGGGCACCUUCUAACAAACAGUCCUACAGACAUCCUAUUAUUGCACAUGGUGAGAGGCCUCAGGAUGAAGAGCAAAAUUUAUCCAUUUUAAGAGUAGCUUCGAAGUACAAAAUGCCCUUAUUAAUGGGAGACAUUCCAGGCUCUGGUCCUGGUAAAACAAUGAUUUGGACUGGACAAAGUCCAUCUCAGGGGUUACAAGUGUGUAAAUCUAAAAACACUAACACAACAAACACUUUAAGCACUGAAAUUGCUUUAAGUCGUCGCCACAGCAAUUCUCAUGUAGAGAAGACGAGACUUUUAGGAGGUCCAAUUUCCUCGCAAUCACAACCAUCUUUCAUGUACAUCUCAACACCCGCAACUGCAAUCAAUGUCAAUGCGACGUCUGCUGGACAGUAUGGAAUUAGCGUUGUUCCAAAUAAUGGGUUUUCUGUAAAAGAAAGCUAUCCUCCGUCAAAUAUUCAGUACGGGACAAAGUCGCAAAGGAUACAAUUUACAGAAACAUCGACUCCUAUUUCAAAGGAAGAUACACUGCCUCAGAAUCGCAGUCGGAGCUGUAGUUUCACUCAAAAAACGCCACCUCUAGGACCUUCACCUGACUCUCAGGCCCUAAACCUUAGUGUGUCAGGCAAUGAGCGUAAUGAGGAGCCUAUUACCAUGGCAAUGACGCCGUCCACGUCUCGUAGUCUUGGAGGUGAGGAGGAGGAAGAAGACCAACCAAUGGUGUGCAUGAUUUGUGAGGAUAAAGCUACGGGUCUACACUACGGCAUCAUAACUUGUGAAGGGUGUAAAGGGUUUUUCAAGCGCACAGUGCAGAACAAAAGAGUUUACACGUGCGUCGCGGAAGGAAGUUGUGAAAUUACUAAGGCCCAAAGAAACAGAUGUCAGUAUUGUCGCUUCCAAAAGUGUCUUCGGCAAGGCAUGGUUCUAGCAGCCGUUCGAGAAGACAGAAUGCCAGGCGGAAGAAAUUCUGGUGCUGUGUAUAAUCUUUAUAAAGUAAAGUACAAGAAGCACAAGAAAGGCCAAAAGAAUGGUCAAGUUAGACAAGAACAACAAAAAACGCCGAGCCGUUACCCUCACCAAGAAUGGGCGAACGGCCGGAUCCUUAAAACCGCUCUAACUAACCCAACCAAUGUUAUGCACCUACGUCAUCGCCUUGAAAACUGCGUCACAAGUUCGCGUGACCGUCAAAUGCCAGUUGAGCAAGCUGUGAGCAUGAUAACGCAGUUGAUUGAGUGCGAUGAUUUUGAGGAUGUAGCGACUCUUAGCAACCUACAAGAGCUACUGAGUAUAAAAUACGAGCUCUCAGAAAAACUUUGUCAAAUAGGGGACAACAUAGUGUUCAAGUUAGUGCAGUGGACUAAACGUCUACCUUUCUAUUCUGAACUUCCUGUUACACUUCACACCCAAUUGCUGACCCACAAAUGGCACGAGCUUCUGGUACUAACCACAUGCGCUUACCAAGCUAUCCACGGACCAGUGAAGUACUCCGAGUCGAGUCUGGACCAGGAGAUAGUAGCAGGUCUCUGCCGCCUUCAGAAUUGUUUGGCUGCUAUGAUGGGACGGCCAAUUACACUUGAACAGCUACGCUUGGAAGCUGGCCCUCUGGUGGAACAUCUUACUCAUUUGAGCUCUGCCUUCCGUCGGAUGAGGCUGUGUAUUGAAGAGUAUGUCUGCCUCAAGGUUAUCAUCAUGCUAAAUCAAGUCACAGAAGAGUAUCAAGGUCAACGAGAACUCGAGGUAAUCCAAGAGCGUUACCUAGCAACCCUAAGGGUGUUUAUUGAACAGCGUUUCCAUCAACAACCGAAUAGAUUUAACGACCUGCUAACUUGUCUUCCUGACAUCCACGCAGCGGCAGGGUUGUUGCUCCAGAGUAAAAUGUUUUAUGUUCCUUUUAUACUGAACACCAGCAUCAGCAGAUAGCGACUGUGCCCUAAAAGUGUGUAUAGUUUUUACAAAUAUAAAUAUGUCUACACAGAUACGCGGUCAACAAAAGGAGGGACGACCUCAGACCACCGUCGCUACAUUUGUAAAGUGUCCAGCAAAAGAAGGAUGGAGAGUGAGAUUAACUUUGACUAGUCAGCGAAUCCAGGGCGAAGGCAUCAGUAUCCGAGGUCACUCUCAGUCCGGUUCUGUGCAAUAUAUCGUGCAGGCGAGAAGUUUGGGAUGUUCCUAAAGAAAAGCAAACUCAGAAGAAAAAAAAAGAGGAUAAAUCGUGACCUAAUUCCGUUUCUAGGCUCGCUUGUAAUAAAUAAAUUUAUAUUAUUUCUUACGUUUGAAUAAUAUUUCUUUCGUUAAUGUUACAAAGUUUCUUGUUCUGGAGAAGUUUAAAUUUUUGAUUGUAAUUAGAUACGUGUCACUGAACUUGCAUGCAUGUCCCACAGAAAUUAUGUUUUCAUUAUGUCAUGAUCAUGGACGCAGAAAAUAAAACAGUUACAAAA